AUGGUGGCGGAUAUGAACGGUAUCCAGGUGGAUACGGAGGAUAUCCAUACGGUGGAUACGGAGGAUACCCAGGCGGAGGAUAUGGAGGAUACCCAGGUGGAGGAUACGGAGGAUACCCAGGCGGAGGAUAUGGAGGAUACCCAGGCGGAGGAUACGGAGGAUACCCAGGUGGAGGAUACGGUGGAUAUCCAGGAUACGGUCGUCGCGGCGCCGGUGUGGAUGGUUCAUCCAGUAGAGCAAAAUCCUUCGGCGUGGGCAUUGAUUUCGAAAACGCUUGAACGUGUUGCUCGUUCCCCUCAUCGCCUUCAUGGAGGAAUAGGAUUCAGUGCUUCUCAAGCUGAAAGCUUCUCAGGUGGAUAUGGUGGCGGAUAUGAACGGUAUCCAGGUGGAUACGGAGGAUAUCCAUACGGUGGAUACGGAGGAUACCCAGGCGGAGGAUACGGAGGAUACCCAGGCGGAGGAUACGGUGGAUAUCCAGGAUACGGUGGUGGCGGUUUCGGUGUGGGUGGUUCAACCAGUAGCGCAAACUCCUUCGGAGUGGGCAUUGGAUUCAGGAAGUAA